CAACACUUCCUACACAAUUCGGAGGUUCCUCCCAAGUCCGAAGUAGCAGCAGCAGCUUUCCUCGCUUUCUUAAAAACUAAAAAACAGAGGAGGCUCUGUCUGUCCCCCAUCUAUAUCUCAAGUCUCAACAAAACAAUACCACCAUGAAGCAAAAGAUGGCAAUUAACGUUUCGAUGAACGGGCAUAAAGCCCGAUCGAAGGCCCUGAAGAUUGCAGUAGGGCUCCCUGGUGUGGAGUCGGCGGCUUUGAAAGGUAACGACAAGAACCAGAUUGAGGUGACGGGCGAUGGGGUUGACGCAGCUCAGCUAACGAUGUUGCUGAGAAAGAAAAUGGGAUUUGCGGAGCUAGUGAGCGUGGCGGCUGUGGGAGGGGAAAAGAAAGAGGAAAAGAAAGAAGAACCGAAGGUGCAGCCUGUGGUUUGGUCGUAUACAACAACACCUUAUUGUGUCUAUGAUGCACCGCCGGCUUGCUCCAUUUUGUGAAGGAAAGAUAUUUGAUGGCAAUAGAGAAACAUAGAUUCAAAAUUUAAGCUUAUAAUUGAAUAUUUUAGAAAUGUUUCAUCUUUGAGAUCAAGAUUAGAGAAAUGCUUCAUCCGUACCUCUUAAUUAGAGAAAAAUAAUUUUAAAAUUAUAUUAUUUCAAUAAAUUUUUAACAAAAUGUAAGGACAGGUCCGAGGUACCAAGACUCGGACUGCUACAGUAACUCCUCUAUGGCCGAAGUGCAGAAUAAACCCAAAGCUUCCCGCUCAAAUAGAUGCAUGGCAAUGAC